AGCAUUCCGCAGCAGCAGAUCCGAAACCCCACCCGCCCCCUUGGCGCGCAUCGCACGCACGAAAAAAAAAGUUUCUUUGACUCUGACUCUGCACGAUGCGUGGACUGAGAGUUUAUCUGCCGAAAGGUACUCUGCCUAAGAAUGUAGCUAAGGAUCUAGCUCAAUCUGCAAAGGCCGUCGAGCAGUGUCACGUGCUACCUGAAAAAGAGCGCCCCAGAUGGGUACUGCGCCAUAUCGCUGGUGGGGACUGGACUGGCCAGCGCCCGUCGGGUGCGCAGGUCGCUCAGCAUGCCGAUUCAGAGGCUUGAAGCCUGGAGUCAUCGAUCCGGUUCGCAGACUUGGAGUUCGGAGUCACUUCGCAGUUCCCACCAUACAUGGUAGAUGUCUACCAGCCCUGACCAUUGACCGCGCCCCCUUCCACUGCCUAUUCCUCCACCACCUAUUCCUCGACCACCUAUUCCUCCACCACCUAUUCCUCCACCGCCUAUUCCUCCACCGCCUAUUCCUCCACCGCCUAUUCCUCCACCGCCUAUUCCUCCACCGCCUACCCAUUCCUCCGUCAAAGCCGUGUGCUUCUAUAUCUACCGGUAUGAAAGCAGUGCUAUGGCUCAGCACCUCAGCCGCAAACACAGCGGGCUCAAAGUUCAAACCGGGCUAGCUGCUAGGACCUGCUUGCUGGGAUGAUGUGGGAUCAACUUUGUUUGAACUUUGAAGUUUGGGGUCGGUGCGGGGUGUUUCUGACUUUAUGCAUUUGACGGGUGGACUGCUAUUGGACCUACAUAGAAUUGAGUUGAGUUGAGUAACUACCGUACUCUACAGCAGCGACGGCU